CCCUGGCUGCACCAGCUGCUGCGCCACGACCAGCUCGAGCUCAGGUACCACCACACUAGCGCCCGCACACAGGCGACAGCUGCGGCCAGCAGCCAGCUCUACUGCUGGAGCUGGUGGAGCGGCACGGCACCCGCCGCGCCAUGCCCUGGCUGCACCAGCUGCUGCGCCACGACCAGCUCGAGCUCAGUGUCCUGCCAGUACAAUGCCUCUGCGAGUUCCUCUCAGCCGGCGGCGCGGGCGGCGAGGCGGGCAAGGCGGGCGAGCUGGCCGCGCACCUGCGGCGCACCGUCGCCUCGAGCGAGGAGGGCGCGCGCGCCGUGCUGCAGUACUACACGCAGCGGCUCGCGCACUCGCAUGCGCCUACACGCGCACAGGCCAACAGGGGCCUGAAACUAGUCCUAACACAAGCUGAAGACAUGGCGGAAAUGGACUAUAAUGCAGAAGUCAGCCCAGAGGAAUGGUUAGAGCUGCUAAUACAGCUCCGUCACUGGGCCGCCGUGCGCGACGAGGUGCUGGCGCGGCUCCGAGCCGCCUGCCUCGCGGAGUGCGUGCCGCGCCACCUCGCCGCCUACAUCGCGUUCUUGGCCGAGCACGCCGACACGCUGCCUCCGCUGGUGCUGGACCUGAGUCAAGUGGUAAUGGAGCGACAGGUCGUGAUAGGCGGUGUGCUCCCGCCGGCCGAGCCCCGAGCUGUGCCUGACCACCUGCAGCACCGCACUCUGCACGCCAUCACCUCCAUCUUCUAUGCACACUUGCGAAAGGCUCGCACGUCGGGGCCGCUGGCGCCCUCGGCGGGCGCGGAGUGGGGCGCGGGCGGCGCGGGCGAGCUGGUGUCGCUGCAGUGGAGCGCGGCCGCCGCCGCCGUGCCCGCCGUCGUCGCGCACGCGCACUACAAGCUGCUGUGCUACGGCCCUUCUGCAUACGACACGAACCAAGAAAUGUACUCUUGGCUAGAAUCAGUCUGGGUCGGGGAACCCCCGACGGCCUUCGCUGCCGACGGUACCACCACCAGCUUGCUGCCUGAUUGGUUGCGGCUGCACCUCGUACGGUCAGCGAGGCCGGCGUUAUUGGAGCUCGGCUUGCGGGCGUUACCCGCUCAUAAGCUGGCGCUGUUUAUACAGACGUUUGGCAUGCCACGGUCCGCCUGCAGCGCCCUGCUGGCAGCCCUGGACGCGUGCCCGGCGGCCGCGGUGCUGCGGCUGGGCGUGGAGCGCGGCUACAUGGCGCAGCUGCUGCAGGUGCAGCGCGCGCGCGGCUGCUCCGGCGGCGAGGCCUUCGCGGCCGCGCUGCGCCUGCAGCCGCCCGUCUACCCGCCCGGUAUGUGCACUCCUGGCAGCGCCCUGCUGGCAGCCCUGGACGGGUGCUGCGGCUGGGCGUGGAGCGCGGCUACAUGGCGCAGCUGCUGCAGGUGCAGCGCGCGCGCGGCUGCUCCGGCGGCGAGGCCUUCGCGGCCGCGCUGCGCCUGCAGCCGCCCGUCUACCCGCCCGGUAUGUGCACUCCUGGCAGCGCCCUGCUGGCAGCCCUGGACGGGUGCUGCGGCUGGGCGUGGAGCGCGGCUACAUGGCGCAGCUGCUGCAGGUGCAGCGCGCGCGCGGCUGCUCCGGCGGCGAGGCCUUCGCGGCCGCGCUGCGCCUGCAGCCGCCCGUCUACCCGCCCGGUAUGUGCACUCCUGGCAGCGCCCUGCUGGCAGCCCUGGACGGGUGCUGCGGCUGGGCGUGGAGCGCGGCUACAUGGCGCAGCUGCUGCAGGUGCAGCGCGCGCGCGGCUGCUCCGGCGGCGAGGCCUUCGCGGCCGCGCUGCGCCUGCAGCCGCCCGUCUACCCGCCCGGUAUGUGCACUCCUGGCAGCGCCCUGCUGGCAGCCCUGGACGGGUGCUGCGGCUGGGCGUGGAGCGCGGCUACAUGGCGCAGCUGCUGCAGGUGCAGCGCGCGCGCGGCUGCUCCGGCGGCGAGGCCUUCGCGGCCGCGCUGCGCCUGCAGCCGCCCGUCUACCCGCCCGGUAUGUGCACUCCUGGCAGCGCCCUGCUGGCAGCCCUGGACGGGUGCUGCGGCUGGGCGUGGAGCGCGGCUACAUGGCGCAGCUGCUGCAGGUGCAGCGCGCGCGGCUGCUCCGGCGGCGAGGCCUUCGCGGCCGCGCUGCGCCUGCAGCCGCCCGUCUACCCGCCCGGUAUGUGCACUCCUGGCAGCGCCCUGCUGGCAGCCCUGGACGGGUGCUGCGGCUGGGCGUGGAGCGCGGCUACAUGGCGCAGCUGCUGCAGGUGCAGCGCGCGCGCGGCUGCUCCGGCGGCGAGGCCUUCGCGGCCGCGCUGCGCCUGCAGCCGCCCGUCUACCCGCCCGGUAUGUGCACUCCUGGCAGCGCCCUGCUGGCAGCCCUGGACGGGUGCUGCGGCUGGGCGUGGAGCGCGGCUACAUGGCGCAGCUGCUGCAGGUGCAGCGCGCGCGCGGCUGCUCCGGCGGCGAGGCCUUCGCGGCCGCGCUGCGCCUGCAGCCGCCCGUCUACCCGCCCGGUAUGUGCACUCCUGGCAGCGCCCUGCUGGCAGCCCUGGACGGGUGCUGCGGCUGGGCGUGGAGCGCGGCUACAUGGCGCAGCUGCUGCAGGUGCAGCGCGCGCGCGGCUGCUCCGGCGGCGAGGCCUUCGCGGCCGCGCUGCGCCUGCAGCCGCCCGUCUACCCGCCCGGUAUGUGCACUCCUGGCAGCGCCCUGCUGGCAGCCCUGGACGGGUGCUGCGGCUGGGCGUGGAGCGCGGCUACAUGGCGCAGCUGCUGCAGGUGCAGCGCGCGCGCGGCUGCUCCGGCGGCGAGGCCUUCGCGGCCGCGCUGCGCCUGCAGCCGCCCGUCUACCCGCCCGGUAUGUGCACUCCUGGCAGCGCCCUGCUGGCAGCCCUGGACGGGUGCUGCGGCUGGGCGUGGAGCGCGGCUACAUGGCGCAGCUGCUGCAGGUGCAGCGCGCGCGCGGCUGCUCCGGCGGCGAGGCCUUCGCGGCCGCGCUGCGCCUGCAGCCGCCCGUCUACCCGCCCGGUAUGUGCACUCCUGGCAGCGCCCUGCUGGCAGCCCUGGACGGGUGCUGCGGCUGGGCGUGGAGCGCGGCUACAUGGCGCAGCUGCUGCAGGUGCAGCGCGCGCGCGGCUGCUCCGGCGGCGAGGCCUUCGCGGCCGCGCUGCGCCUGCAGCCGCCCGUCUACCCGCCCGGUAUGUGCACUCCUGGCAGCGCCCUGCUGGCAGCCCUGGACGGGUGCUGCGGCUGGGCGUGGAGCGCGGCUACAUGGCGCAGCUGCUGCAGGUGCAGCGCGCGCGCGGCUGCUCCGGCGGCGAGGCCUUCGCGGCCGCGCUGCGCCUGCAGCCGCCCGUCUACCCGCCCGGUAUGUGCACUCCUGGCAGCGCCCUGCUGGCAGCCCUGGACGGGUGCUGCGGCUGGGCGUGGAGCGCGGCUACAUGGCGCAGCUGCUGCAGGUGCAGCGCGCGCGCGGCUGCUCCGGCGGCGAGGCCUUCGCGGCCGCGCUGCGCCUGCAGCCGCCCGUCUACCCGCCCGGUAUGUGCACUCCUGGCAGCGCCCUGCUGGCAGCCCUGGACGGGUGCUGCGGCUGGGCGUGGAGCGCGGCUACAUGGCGCAGCUGCUGCAGGUGCAGCGCGCGCGGCUGCUCCGGCGGCGAGGCCUUCGCGGCCGCGCUGCGCCUGCAGCCGCCCGUCUACCCGCCCGGUAUGUGCACUCCUGGCAGCGCCCUGCUGGCAGCCCUGGACGGGUGCUGCGGCUGGGCGUGGAGCGCGGCUACAUGGCGCAGCUGCUGCAGGUGCAGCGCGCGCGCGGCUGCUCCGGCGGCGAGGCCUUCGCGGCCGCGCUGCGCCUGCAGCCGCCCGUCUACCCGCCCGGUAUGUGCACUCCUGGCAGCGCCCUGCUGGCAGCCCUGGACGGGUGCUGCGGCUGGGCGUGGAGCGCGGCUACAUGGCGCAGCUGCUGCAGGUGCAGCGCGCGCGCGGCUGCUCCGGCGGCGAGGCCUUCGCGGCCGCGCUGCGCCUGCAGCCGCCCGUCUACCCGCCCGGUAUGUGCACUCCUGGCAGCGCCCUGCUGGCAGCCCUGGACGGGUGCUGCGGCUGGGCGUGGAGCGCGGCUACAUGGCGCAGCUGCUGCAGGUGCAGCGCGCGCGCGGCUGCUCCGGCGGCGAGGCCUUCGCGGCCGCGCUGCGCCUGCAGCCGCCCGUCUACCCGCCCGGUAUGUGCACUCCUGGCAGCGCCCUGCUGGCAGCCCUGGACGGGUGCUGCGGCUGGGCGUGGAGCGCGGCUACAUGGCGCAGCUGCUGCAGGUGCAGCGCGCGCGCGGCUGCUCCGGCGGCGAGGCCUUCGCGGCCGCGCUGCGCCUGCAGCCGCCCGUCUACCCGCCCGGUAUGUGCACUCCUGGCAGCGCCCUGCUGGCAGCCCUGGACGGGUGCUGCGGCUGGGCGUGGAGCGCGGCUACAUGGCGCAGCUGCUGCAGGUGCAGCGCGCGCGCGGCUGCUCCGGCGGCGAGGCCUUCGCGGCCGCGCUGCGCCUGCAGCCGCCCGUCUACCCGCCCGGUAUGUGCACUCCUGGCAGCGCCCUGCUGGCAGCCCUGGACGGGUGCUGCGGCUGGGCGUGGAGCGCGGCUACAUGGCGCAGCUGCUGCAGGUGCAGCGCGCGCGCGGCUGCUCCGGCGGCGAGGCCUUCGCGGCCGCGCUGCGCCUGCAGCCGCCCGUCUACCCGCCCGGUAUGUGCACUCCUGGCAGCGCCCUGCUGGCAGCCCUGGACGGGUGCUGCGGCUGGGCGUGGAGCGCGGCUACAUGGCGCAGCUGCUGCAGGUGCAGCGCGCGCGCGGCUGCUCCGGCGGCGAGGCCUUCGCGGCCGCGCUGCGCCUGCAGCCGCCCGUCUACCCGCCCGGUAUGUGCACUCCUGGCAGCGCCCUGCUGGCAGCCCUGGACGGGUGCUGCGGCUGGGCGUGGAGCGCGGCUACAUGGCGCAGCUGCUGCAGGUGCAGCGCGCGCGCGGCUGCUCCGGCGGCGAGGCCUUCGCGGCCGCGCUGCGCCUGCAGCCGCCCGUCUACCCGCCCGGUAUGUGCACUCCUGGCAGCGCCCUGCUGGCAGCCCUGGACGGGUGCUGCGGCUGGGCGUGGAGCGCGGCUACAUGGCGCAGCUGCUGCAGGUGCAGCGCGCGCGCGGCUGCUCCGGCGGCGAGGCCUUCGCGGCCGCGCUGCGCCUGCAGCCGCCCGUCUACCCGCCCGGUAUGUGCACUCCUGGCAGCGCCCUGCUGGCAGCCCUGGACGGGUGCUGCGGCUGGGCGUGGAGCGCGGCUACAUGGCGCAGCUGCUGCAGGUGCAGCGCGCGCGCGGCUGCUCCGGCGGCGAGGCCUUCGCGGCCGCGCUGCGCCUGCAGCCGCCCGUCUACCCGCCCGGUAUGUGCACUCCUGGCAGCGCCCUGCUGGCAGCCCUGGACGGGUGCUGCGGCUGGGCGUGGAGCGCGGCUACAUGGCGCAGCUGCUGCAGGUGCAGCGCGCGCGCGGCUGCUCCGGCGGCGAGGCCUUCGCGGCCGCGCUGCGCCUGCAGCCGCCCGUCUACCCGCCCGGUAUGUGCACUCCUGGCAGCGCCCUGCUGGCAGCCCUGGACGGGUGCUGCGGCUGGGCGUGGAGCGCGGCUACAUGGCGCAGCUGCUGCAGGUGCAGCGCGCGCGCGGCUGCUCCGGCGGCGAGGCCUUCGCGGCCGCGCUGCGCCUGCAGCCGCCCGUCUACCCGCCCGGUAUGUGCACUCCUGGCAGCGCCCUGCUGGCAGCCCUGGACGGGUGCUGCGGCUGGGCGUGGAGCGCGGCUACAUGGCGCAGCUGCUGCAGGUGCAGCGCGCGCGCGGCUGCUCCGGCGGCGAGGCCUUCGCGGCCGCGCUGCGCCUGCAGCCGCCCGUCUACCCGCCCGGUAUGUGCACUCCUGGCAGCGCCCUGCUGGCAGCCCUGGACGGGUGCUGCGGCUGGGCGUGGAGCGCGGCUACAUGGCGCAGCUGCUGCAGGUGCAGCGCGCGCGGCUGCUCCGGCGGCGAGGCCUUCGCGGCCGCGCUGCGCCUGCAGCCGCCCGUCUACCCGCCCGGUAUGUGCACUCCUGGCAGCGCCCUGCUGGCAGCCCUGGACGGGUGCUGCGGCUGGGCGUGGAGCGCGGCUACAUGGCGCAGCUGCUGCAGGUGCAGCGCGCGCGCGGCUGCUCCGGCGGCGAGGCCUUCGCGGCCGCGCUGCGCCUGCAGCCGCCCGUCUACCCGCCCGGUAUGUGCACUCCUGGCAGCGCCCUGCUGGCAGCCCUGGACGGGUGCUGCGGCUGGGCGUGGAGCGCGGCUACAUGGCGCAGCUGCUGCAGGUGCAGCGCGCGCGCGGCUGCUCCGGCGGCGAGGCCUUCGCGGCCGCGCUGCGCCUGCAGCCGCCCGUCUACCCGCCCGGUAUGUGCACUCCUGGCAGCGCCCUGCUGGCAGCCCUGGACGGGUGCUGCGGCUGGGCGUGGAGCGCGGCUACAUGGCGCAGCUGCUGCAGGUGCAGCGCGCGCGCGGCUGCUCCGGCGGCGAGGCCUUCGCGGCCGCGCUGCGCCUGCAGCCGCCCGUCUACCCGCCCGGUAUGUGCACUCCUGGCAGCGCCCUGCUGGCAGCCCUGGACGGGUGCUGCGGCUGGGCGUGGAGCGCGGCUACAUGGCGCAGCUGCUGCAGGUGCAGCGCGCGCGCGGCUGCUCCGGCGGCGAGGCCUUCGCGGCCGCGCUGCGCCUGCAGCCGCCCGUCUACCCGCCCGGUAUGUGCACUCCUGGCAGCGCCCUGCUGGCAGCCCUGGACGGGUGCUGCGGCUGGGCGUGGAGCGCGGCUACAUGGCGCAGCUGCUGCAGGUGCAGCGCGCGCGCGGCUGCUCCGGCGGCGAGGCCUUCGCGGCCGCGCUGCGCCUGCAGCCGCCCGUCUACCCGCCCGGUAUGUGCACUCCUGGCAGCGCCCUGCUGGCAGCCCUGGACGGGUGCUGCGGCUGGGCGUGGAGCGCGGCUACAUGGCGCAGCUGCUGCAGGUGCAGCGCGCGCGCGGCUGCUCCGGCGGCGAGGCCUUCGCGGCCGCGCUGCGCCUGCAGCCGCCCGUCUACCCGCCCGGUAUGUGCACUCCUGGCAGCGCCCUGCUGGCAGCCCUGGACGGGUGCUGCGGCUGGGCGUGGAGCGCGGCUACAUGGCGCAGCUGCUGCAGGUGCAGCGCGCGCGCGGCUGCUCCGGCGGCGAGGCCUUCGCGGCCGCGCUGCGCCUGCAGCCGCCCGUCUACCCGCCCGGUAUGUGCACUCCUGGCAGCGCCCUGCUGGCAGCCCUGGACGGGUGCUGCGGCUGGGCGUGGAGCGCGGCUACAUGGCGCAGCUGCUGCAGGUGCAGCGCGCGCGCGGCUGCUCCGGCGGCGAGGCCUUCGCGGCCGCGCUGCGCCUGCAGCCGCCCGUCUACCCGCCCGGUAUGUGCACUCCUGGCAGCGCCCUGCUGGCAGCCCUGGACGGGUGCUGCGGCUGGGCGUGGAGCGCGGCUACAUGGCGCAGCUGCUGCAGGUGCAGCGCGCGCGCGGCUGCUCCGGCGGCGAGGCCUUCGCGGCCGCGCUGCGCCUGCAGCCGCCCGUCUACCCGCCCGGUAUGUGCACUCCUGGCAGCGCCCUGCUGGCAGCCCUGGACGGGUGCUGCGGCUGGGCGUGGAGCGCGGCUACAUGGCGCAGCUGCUGCAGGUGCAGCGCGCGCGCGGCUGCUCCGGCGGCGAGGCCUUCGCGGCCGCGCUGCGCCUGCAGCCGCCCGUCUACCCGCCCGGUAUGUGCACUCCUGGCAGCGCCCUGCUGGCAGCCCUGGACGGGUGCUGCGGCUGGGCGUGGAGCGCGGCUACAUGGCGCAGCUGCUGCAGGUGCAGCGCGCGCGCGGCUGCUCCGGCGGCGAGGCCUUCGCGGCCGCGCUGCGCCUGCAGCCGCCCGUCUACCCGCCCGGUAUGUGCACUCCUGGCAGCGCCCUGCUGGCAGCCCUGGACGGGUGCUGCGGCUGGGCGUGGAGCGCGGCUACAUGGCGCAGCUGCUGCAGGUGCAGCGCGCGCGCGGCUGCUCCGGCGGCGAGGCCUUCGCGGCCGCGCUGCGCCUGCAGCCGCCCGUCUACCCGCCCGGUAUGUGCACUCCUGGCAGCGCCCUGCUGGCAGCCCUGGACGGGUGCUGCGGCUGGGCGUGGAGCGCGGCUACAUGGCGCAGCUGCUGCAGGUGCAGCGCGCGCGCGGCUGCUCCGGCGGCGAGGCCUUCGCGGCCGCGCUGCGCCUGCAGCCGCCCGUCUACCCGCCCGGUAUGUGCACUCCUGGCAGCGCCCUGCUGGCAGCCCUGGACGGGUGCUGCGGCUGGGCGUGGAGCGCGGCUACAUGGCGCAGCUGCUGCAGGUGCAGCGCGCGCGCGGCUGCUCCGGCGGCGAGGCCUUCGCGGCCGCGCUGCGCCUGCAGCCGCCCGUCUACCCGCCCGGUAUGUGCACUCCUGGCAGCGCCCUGCUGGCAGCCCUGGACGGGUGCUGCGGCUGGGCGUGGAGCGCGGCUACAUGGCGCAGCUGCUGCAGGUGCAGCGCGCGCGCGGCUGCUCCGGCGGCGAGGCCUUCGCGGCCGCGCUGCGCCUGCAGCCGCCCGUCUACCCGCCCGGUAUGUGCACUCCUGGCAGCGCCCUGCUGGCAGCCCUGGACGGGUGCUGCGGCUGGGCGUGGAGCGCGGCUACAUGGCGCAGCUGCUGCAGGUGCAGCGCGCGCGCGGCUGCUCCGGCGGCGAGGCCUUCGCGGCCGCGCUGCGCCUGCAGCCGCCCGUCUACCCGCCCGGUAUGUGCACUCCUGGCAGCGCCCUGCUGGCAGCCCUGGACGGGUGCUGCGGCUGGGCGUGGAGCGCGGCUACAUGGCGCAGCUGCUGCAGGUGCAGCGCGCGCGCGGCUGCUCCGGCGGCGAGGCCUUCGCGGCCGCGCUGCGCCUGCAGCCGCCCGUCUACCCGCCCGAUGACACACUAUUCGAUGAAGAACCGCUUCCCUCCGAAGACGAAGACGAGUGCGCGCCAAUCCCACUUGUCAUCCAACCAGAGCAAGUCCCAGCCUUGCUGACCACUGCCUUCUGCGGAGGUACCUACCCAGGAGACCUGGAUGUGGCCUUCACUGAACUUAACGCCAAAAUAACAGAGGAAGUGAAGAAACUCCGCGAAAACGUCCCAACUGACUGCCCCUACAUCCAGCGCGUCACCAUGUUUCUGCAGUCUGCUGAUAGUAAUAUACUCCGCGGCAUGACCGGCGCCAGCCACGCCGCCGUGCUGCUGCGCAGCCUGACGCUAGCGCGCUGGCCGCCGCUCCGAGAGGUGUGCUCAAACUUGCUGAAGCAGUUCAAGUGCCCCGCCGGUCCGGUCGCGAACCUCCUGGCGCAACUGGCGGCCCCUGAGAAGCGAGCGGCCCGCCCUGCACCACACCUGCCACACGCUACCAAGGAACAACUCAUCGCAGCGCUGGAAGCGGCGACGCCGAACACCUUGGAAGCGAUCGGUAACCGCAUCAUCGAGACGCAGAACACUCGUCUGGUGGUGGACGUCAUCUCCACGCUGCUGGAGAAGAACCAACAGGGCGCUUACGAGUCCGAGGUUAAAGUGGAAGUGGGCGCCGAGCCGCCGCCUCCGCACGUGUUCGCUCGGCGAGGCCUCGGUUGCGGGUUGCUACUGGAUUGGAUGUCGGAAUUGCAACGAGAAACACUUGGCCCGCAGCCUGAACGACAGAUGCGGCUAAUGUUCCGCGCGGGCUCGGCGGCGUGGCGGCCGCUGCUGGUGACGCUCCUCGCUCACCGAGCCUCGUGGCGCACUCUACACACGUGCCUCUCCACUUUACUGCAGCCCAACGGGGGCUGGGCGGCGAGCGGAGUGCUGGACUUCGCGGAGACACUGAUGGGCUCGGAGCGCGUGUGGCAGGGCCGCGACCGCGCCGCGCCGCGCCACCAGGCGCCCUGCCACCUGCACCGGCUCACGCACGCGCAGCUGGAAGUCCUUAUCAAAUACAUAAUGGAAGAAGCGGAAGAGGCUGGCCCCGACCUGGACAGCAUGCGGCGGCGCAUCGAGGCGCGCUUGCCGCUCGCGCUGCGCUGCGCGCCCGACCCGCCCUCCCUCCUCGCCGCCGCCUCCGCCGCCGAGCCUUUGCUACUACUGCUACUCUAUAUGAAGGUGCCAAAGAUCCGUCAACUGCUUAUGGAGAGUGCAGAACGUCCCUUAACGACUUGCCCCCUAGAGGCGGCGGAGCCCUACCAGCAAGUAGCUGCCAGCUCUACCAGCGCCACUGACAGAGUGUCCCAUGCGUUGUUGACGGCUCUAGCGCAUCCGAAUAAGGAGCAUGGAAAGGAGGCUAACUUCAAGACGUGGCGCCUGGAAGCCGGUGUACGUUCUCUGUGGGCUCGAGUUGCCGGCGCAGGAGCCCGGGCGUUGCCUCUAGCGGGCGCGCUGCUGCGUGGCGCUGUUCCAGCCCCUGCGCGGGCGCACCUGCUGUCCGCACUCGAGUUGUUACCUGAUCACGAACUACAACGACCUGAUACAAGUGAAGAAGUGCAAAACAUUCUGGAAUGUUUUGUGCAAAUGGCGGCAGCCGGGGGCCGGGAACGAGAUCGCGAUUCGGCGCUGCAACACCGCGUCGCCGCGCUCAUGCGCCGCGUGGCUGCGCACAGCCCACCUCGCACGCACGGAUCCUUAAGCGCGCUGAGCGAGGAGGCGGGGCAGGCGCGCGCGUCGGGCGCGCCGCCGCCGCAGGCGCUGUGCGCGCUGCAGCGCCGCGAGCCGCCCGACGACCUGCACAUAUACAUACAGGAAAUCGAUCAGUGGGGCAGUCGUCGCGGAGGCGCGUGGGGCGGGCCGGGCGCGGCCACGGCGCUGCUGCGCGCGCUGGCGCCGCUGUGCGCCGAGCCCGGCGCCGCCGCCCGCAGCGCCGCCGUCGGCCUGCUCGCCAAGCUGCUGCCCGCCGUGCCCGACCCCACGCCCGGUCUAGACGCAAUCAUGGAAUGCCUGGAUUCGUCACUACCAGAAGUCGCGCAGUCCGUCAUCGACAAACUACCCGAGCUCGUCGUCGGCAUGCAGGAACACGCCGCCCGGGUCUUGCUAAAGGUGUUCGACCUGGGCGUGCGCAGCCGCCUACCCGUCGAGACGAGCCUGGCGCGCUCCGUCGCCGCCAUCAACCUGCAGCGGGGAUGCUGAACAUCUGCUCAUAAACGUUUAUAUUGUCCUAACAGAAAUAAACAUACGACUAUUUGUGGAUCUUAUGGCGUUGUAAUAAGGUUUACGAUCAUAUCAUUGAAUUUAGUCUUAAAAGUAACCCUUUUCCAGACAGUCUAGCACAGUUACGACCGAACAGACUCGCGCGCAACACUUCAAUUUAUCAACCUUAUUCGCGCCAAUUUCAAAUUGUGUUCCAGUUUACGAUUUAAGUUAGAUUGCACUUUCUGGAUGUUUUUAAAUGAAGGAUCAAAGCUGGAAUUCUAAAUAGAUUUUAGGGAAAAUGUUGUAGGUUGGUCCUGGAAAGCAGAAAAGCAGCAAAUGUCUUGUCUGUGUUCAUGAAUAAAAAAAAAAACAAAGUGACUUAUAAAUGGAUAACAAUUUAUAGUUGUUCUCAUUCCCAUGUAAAUAUAUGUAGGUUAAUAAUAAUUCAGAACAUUAGGUAUGAUAAUUGAUAAGGAUUUUUUGUAAAAUAAAAUAAAAAAUACA